AUGCAGCCUGCUGCGAAAAAAGUUGCGCUUAUUGGAACGCAAAAAGUCGGGAAGACUGCAUUACUCACUAAAUUUCAUUUCGGUACAUUUAACAAGAACACUGUCGCAACUGUUGGCGCUUCUUUUAUACUUCAUCAUUUCAUGAUUAAUGGCCGAGAUGAAUCUUUUCAAAUUUGGGAUACAGCUGGUCAAGAGAGAUAUAGAAGUUUAGGACCCAUAUAUUAUCGUGAUGCUUCUUGUGCUAUUGCAGUAUUUGACCUUACUGUUCCUGAAUCAUUCGAAGAAAUGAAAAUAUACAUUAAUCAAUUUAAAUCUCAUUGUCAAAACUACGCUCAUAUCUGUGUUGUUGGCAAUAAAAAAGAUAUUUAUAAAGAAGGCUCGGAUUUUGACAUAAAAAUUGCAGAAAGAUAUGUUGAAGAAGAAGGUUUUACAUUACAUUUAACCUCUGCUUUAACUGGGGAAGGCGUAAAUAUUCCUUUCCAAGAAGUAGCUGAAAAAGCUUGCGCUCAGGUUGAUUCUGAGCAGCGUUCAAUAGAUCUAUCCAAGUCAGAACGUCAUACAUGCUGUUAG